AUGCUAAAUUUAUUGUUUUCAUUUCAUGGGCUUGUAGCUCGUGGACUAAAGGUAGGAAUUAAUAGUCUUACGUUAUUUAAACUUAAACAGAGCUCAGCUUCAGAUUGUUCACUUUCUUAUUUUGCGAUAGCUUAUCUGGUGCUUUAUAAUGCGCGUGGAGGCGCUCCGUUAAUUUUUCGCAAGAGGCUCGCUGAAGAUGAGAAAAAAAUAAUGGCAUGCUGGUAUAUGCUGAUUGUAUACGCUCUUUUGCGAUGGUUGAAGUACAAGUCUUUGUUUUCACCUCGUAAUACACCUCUUCCACCUCUUACAGCAUUAAUUCCAAAACUAUUUUGGAUUUAUUUUCCUACAUUAUUUAUUGAAGAAUUUAUGCAUUUUUUCCUUUUGAGGCAUUUUGGUCAUAUUCGUAAUUCUACAUGCUUUACCAUUCGAGGAUGUCCCGCCCCGGAAGGUACAAAAGAUGAAGAUUGUUGUGUAUGUUAUGGUGUUGGCGUGGGUUCCAGUGCGACAUCCUUUUAUUCAGAUCAGGAUAAUGAUGAAAUUGUGGAUGAGGAUUCGUUAGGGAUUCUAGAAAAUUACUGCAAGGUUCCUCAUCACGUAGCCCAUCGACCUUGUAUGUUCCGAUGGUAUACUACAGGAUUGACUGGAAUAUCGCGGACUCUUCCAGGUCAAAAUCUAAAUUCAAGGCUGACGCAAAUCAAAUUGUUAAGACCAAUGCCGACGUGCCCAAGUUGUCGUGGAAAGUUGAUGGUUGAUAUUCUCCAAAAAGAUUUACUAGAAGAAGAGGAAGUUAUAGGAAAACGAAACAAUACUAAUAAAUGGUUGGUCAAACUUAGAUCUUUAGCAAGAGAAUGGCAUAUUAUAUCAACAUCUUCAGUAUUAAAUACCGGUAAUCAUCCUAAAAAUUUUUUUUACCUCCCACGACCUCGAGGCUCCUUGUAUAACUUGUACAUAAAAGAAAAGAAUAAUAAAAUGCUUCGUCAGCAGAUUAAUGGAGGCUUUGGGAUUCAACAAGAAGUCUCACAAGUCCCUGUUGUCAGUACAGACUUGAAGUUUGUCUGUGUACCUCAAACUUUAUCAAGUUCAUCUGAAAAUUCGGUACCUCAGCAACUCUUUUCUCCCGCACCUUCUUCUCCUAUUACCUCGUUCGAUUACCUUGACUCUGUAACACCGGAUGAUAUUCCUGAGUUCAAACAGUACAAUAAAGAAAAGUAUGAGAGUGCAAAGUCGGGCAGUCGUAGAAGGCGUAAACCAACACGUGAAGAAUGUGACACCGCUUCUUCAUUGGAUGGCUAG